UUCUGCUUGAUAUUUCUCUAAAUGAGAAUCGCGAACAUGGGAUUUUUAAUCUAAGGCGAUUACCGAGAUUUAUGAUCAUUUUUGGCGGGAAAAUUAUCUUGUCGAAAACGCGCACGUGUGUCAUCGAGGAAGAUGAUGAUUCAGGCCCAAGUAUUUGUGAUUGCCACGCUGAUAAUUUGUGGCGUGUACGCUCGAGCCGAUAAUCGAGAAUUUUAUCAAAGAAGCAGUGAUCAAAAGUACGCCGGAUCAAUGUUGGCUGAGAUCGCGAAAGAAUUCAUGCAAAGAUCGACGACCAGCAGUCAGGUGCUCAAUUUAAAUCUGUCAAAUCUGCUGCUUCUUUUGGUGCUCAAAGCAGUUGUAUUUGGCGCCGGUUAUAUAGGACAGCACGGUUACAAAGGACGUGAAUUAGAGGAAGAAAAUAUUGUGUCGGAGGGUGAACUCUCGCUAGCUCUGGGAUAUUUAAUUGGCGAUACCUGUUUAUACAGAGCAGCCUGCGAAGAACCACACAUAGCGAGAGAGUAUCUCGGUGCGGCAGAAAUGCUCUGGCAAGCGACAAAAUUGAUGCCCCAAAGCUUACCUGCAGAACCUAACUACGACAGAACGAUCGCUGAAUUCCGAAAAGCGAUUGAGUACGGUAACAUCGAGAGAUGUCCACCAGAAUAUACCUAAAAAGAAAACAUCAAUAAUUUCUUGCAAAGUGAAAAAAGAUAA